AUGCCCGUCGGCGGGCGUAUGGCCGGCAAAGUCGGCUUCAUCAACAGCAAUUAUAAUGGUCGUUCCGGUUCCGGCUUCAACGAGGAGAUCAUCUGGGUGAGCAUAGGCAUGGGAAUCACGAUAGCCGUGCUCAUCAGCAUGGCGCUCUGCUACAUAGCCCGGGAGAAAUGCCGCAAACGACGCGAGUACUACAUCACGGCGUAG